AAGCUCACCUAGAACGUCAAGAACCUUGAGGUUGAGUGCCAAUAUAUCCAAGUGAUUGAUUCCCUUGCUUAUAACAAGCUUUUGGCCUAAGGCACUAAUCACGCGGGUUUGGCUCAGUGAGGCUACCGUGUAUUAUCCAACUUCACCUCCAAGCCGGCGGCGAGCUCCAAAAUCACCAAGACCACAACCACAACCAACAACCACCACCAUCAACACAUCCAACCCCUCAUCCGCGCCACACCUCAAGAUGGCAUCCGCGGACACCCCCCAGCACGACGCGCUCCUCCUCCUCCGCCAAUCCAUCGCCUCCUCCACCGCCGCCCUCCCAACCCUCACCUCCUCCCCCCCCGACACCACAACCGCAGCCGACACCCCCCUCUCCAGCGCGCAAUACCUCCACUUCCCCCACGCCUCCACCUCCCUCGCCCUCACGACCCCAACUCGCUUCCUCUCUUCCUCCACUCCCGUCGACCUACGCUCCAUCUACUUCGCCUGGCUCAAGCGCGAAGUCGCAAUCCCCGACUACAACGCCGCGGCGCUCGCGCUCAAUACUGCGCUCGCUGCUGAUGGCGGAGCGGGGGGGACGGUGCAAAAUCUCGCGUUCGUGGAGAGGUUGGAUUUGAUUACGUGGCUUGAGGGCGCGUCGGAGGAGAGCGAGUAUAUCCGUCCUCUUGCGGCGGACGCGGCGGCCGCAGCGGCGAGCGCGCAGGUCGCGGCUGGGAAGGCGGGGGGUGCUGCGCCUGCUGCGGCGGGGGCGGGAGCGAGGAAUCGAACGGUCGAUCCGAGGUUGCAGGAGAUUUAUAAUGGGGAGCGGAGGAUGGGUGAUCGGAAUAGCGUGUUGCGCGGUGUGAAGCCUACCGAUUUCUCCCACGUCCGCAAAAUCGCCCAAACCUUCAUCGGUCGCAAACCCGGCGCCCCCUCCUCCUCCACCACCACCCACAGCAGCGCGCGUCCCACCGCUCUCCCCCACAACCCCAAACCCGCCCGCCGCCCCGACCCAAUCAUCCUCGUCUCCCCCUCCGCCUCCUCCCUCCUACGUAUGUCGAACAUAAAAUCCUUCCUCGAAAGCGGCCUCUACGUCCCCCCCUCCGACUCGCUUUCCACCAGCACAUCCACAAUCCUGCAUCUCUCCCGCAUAAUCCCCUCCAUCGACACAACCCGCCCAAUCCGCUUCAUCGUCGUCGAUUCGCCCGAGCAAUUCAAGCCCGAGUACUGGGCGAGGGUAGUAGCGGUGUUCACCACGGGACAGACGUGGCAGUUCAAGAACUACAAGUGGCAAGCGCCCCAGGAGUUGUUUAGGCACGCGCUGGGCGUGUAUGUAGGGUGGAGGGGGGAGCCGGUGCCGGAUGCGGUGAGGGGGUGGGGGAGGGGCGUGGUGGGUGUUGCGCUUGAUCCGUGGAGUGGGGGGAAGGAGACGAGGUGGAGGGAUAGGGAGGGGGUGGAGGCGGUGUGGAGGGGGGUGGAGGAGAUUAUGAGGGUUAAGGGGUGGUCGAAGGAGAGUGGGCCGGUGAAUGCUUAAGGGGGGUUUGUAGGAUGGAAUGGCGUGCGUGUGUGUGCGGGUUUGCGAGGGGGGCAAGCAGAGGUGCAUUUGGGCGGUGUUUGGCGUUUGAUAGAUGCCCUUUGAAGGUGGUCUACGCGGCGGAAAGAAAAAGCGGAAAAGGGCAGCGGGGGACGCAUGUAAGAAGGUGGCUUUUGUAGAAUUACACAUUUGGCAACUUGGCGAGACGAAUAUUACAACCCGU